UAUGCUUUUAAAAAAUUAUUAUAAAACCACUUCAAAAUUGCGGAAAUUACUAUUUUAUAUUUUUAUGAUCGCCUGACACUAAAUUGCUAUUUAUGUAGAUAUAUGUAUGUUAGUUAUCUAGUACAUACAUACCUCUUGUCAGCGUCUAAUGAUUCCCUGUCAAGAAUGAAAGUUAUUCCGACAGCAUGCCGACCUCGAUGCUGAGAAAGCAACAAUUAAACUCACUUAAACACCUUCUUCCAUAAUAAUGGCAGGAGAUAAAAAACUUGCCGAAACUUCUACCAACAGCAGUAAGAAGUUAUUAGCACCUAAACCCUCCGACCUCUCCGUUAUCAACCGAGGCGGAUCUACCUCAAGCGGGAUUCCAGAUAAGUACCGAAAAUCGCGCAGAUCCUCCAUCCCCUUCGCAGAUCGUGUCCCCCAAGUUCGAUUUGUCAAAAAAACCGAGGAGCAUUCCACUAACGAAGUAGGAACUUUCAUCCCCCAUCAAGACGCCACUCAGAAGAGAAGCAGCAUCUUAAAAAAAUCCGAUUUUCCCAUCCUCGUGGACUGGGACCAUAAUGACAACUUCAGUGACAACGGGGGCGACGGGGUCAACCAACAGAUCGAAGCGAGCACCUCCUACGUGGAGAAAGUCAUCCAACAUUUCUCCGCGGCUGAGCGAGAUGCUCGAGGAGCCCUGGACAUUUUAACGUUUCCGGUCGCAAGUUCCACCAAGUUGGAAUCCCUGGCCAGAUUUUACUGUGGGUUCACCGUGGCCAUCGUGUGCAUCGAGGAUCUCCUCAUCGUCACGGCGAAAUCCAAGUCGAAAGAGUUUAAAGCUUAUGUUAACCAAGUUCACCAACUCGCAAAGAACUUGCUCGCCGAUCUGGCCACCUUUGAAAAAGAGUCGAAAGAACUCUUAAAGAAAGCGAGGCAACGGAACAAGCAAUGGGGGAGGCUGUUGAUAUCCAGGGGUGAGUUCAGGAUUGAGGAGAGGCGCAGCUCCAGCAUUCCGAUCUAUCUCAGGAAAACCAUGCCGGAAAGUGUGACCUUGUACGAGAAUGAGAUCGAUCCCGACAGCAAGACUUUCAGGUCGGACGGUAAAGCCCAAUUUUUCCGAACGGAGGGCGAACUCGCCGUCAUGGUGGAACUGAGAGAGGAAGUGAUCUCCCGAACACAGGAAGAAUUGGACGAAGGCGAACUCUUUUGUCUGAUUAAAUGCUUAAUGAUCCAAUCCAGUGAGUUGAUCCGAUGUGCUACACAGCGACUAAUUAAGGCCAACAAAUGCCUGGAUAAUGCCGUGUUUGACGAAGAAUACGCAACUUUGAGGGAGAGGAUAGCUAAUUUAGAGUUUGACACGUAUUUUGACCCCUUGUGCGCCCUCGAGCUGAAAAGUACCCUGUCCGAAGUUACGGCUCAGAAGGAAGAGUUGGUUAACACGACGCGUCAUGUGGGCAUGUAUGGGGAUAAGAUGGUCCAUUUUACAAACUUGUUUAUGAAGUAUUGCAAAACGGUGGGGAUUGAGAAGAAGAAGAGGAAAUGUGCAUGUCUCCCGUGUGGAAGGCCGGUCACUUGUGAGAAAUUGUUUGAAACGAUGGACAAUAUUCAUCGCAUGGACUUUAUGGUUUCGAUACCACUGACGGAUGAUUUUCUAAAGGAGUUGUAAGUCAUCAUUUACAUACAUAUUUUCAUUGUUAAUAUUCAUGUCAUGUAUUUAUGCUUUUUUAUUGUCCAAUAGUUGUCAUAUGGAAGCGAAACGGUCAGAAAUUUCAGCAAUUCAGUCCGGCAUAACAUGAAUCGUGAAUAAUACCACCGCUUUAAAUUGUACCACUGACAUAAUGAAUGACGCCUUAUUUAGAGUAACGCAUUAAUGUCGUUUUAAUUUCUGUUUAAUUUAUUUUUCACCACGACAUCAAUUUAUAGUAUAUUCUUUUCAUUUUGAUUUCGUUCAAAAUUAAUGUCAUGCAAACAUUUUAUUUUCAUUUUGUUUUCGUUAAUUAUUUAUAGUGCAAUUCAUCUCGUUUUCUUUUCUGUUUCACAUCAUUUUGCAAAGUUGACAUGCGGUCAACUUUUUCCGAGUGAAAAUAAAACGAAACAUCAUGCAGAUUUUAAUAUAAAGCGGAAAUGGGUCCCAAAAAAAUAGCCCUGAAAAGCGCAUUCUCGCCAGAGGAUGACAAACUGGCGCUCGAAUCCAAGUUGGUGACCCUAGUGGAGCCCCACCGCCACAUCUGGGACAUCAAAGACAAGGACUACAAGGUCAACACGAUGCGACAAAAUACUUUUACUAGUAUUGGAGAGCAGCUUGGAAAACCUGGUGACGUGUGUAUGGCACUUUGGCAAAGUUUGAGGACCCAGUACUUGGCCGCGAGACGAGCUCUUCCAACGGGAAGUGGGGCUAAAGCACGAAGUUCCUUCCGACUGUUUGAUGCAAUGUCCUUUAUUUCAGGAGGACAAGAUCAGUCUCAGACCAUUUGUAAUCUUGAUGGUGAUGAGGACGAGACAGAGCAUGCAGAUGACGAAUUCUCAACAAUAAACUUCGCUGACUUGAACGAUGACAACAUUGACACUUCCGUUGUCCCAAUUCAAACUCAAAACUCGGUGCCAGAGUCUAAUCCUCGCCCGAGAUCCCAUGCUAAAUUCGGAGGGAAGAGGAAGCUGGACAGUCUGGAGGAACAAAUGCUUAAUUUUGUCAAGGGAGGUGACUCGAAGGAUGACGAAUUUGAGCGAUUUGGGAAGACCUUGGCUGCAAAACUUCGCAAAAUUCAUGAAAAGGAUCCCAAGGCUGCUGCGAC